AUGAAGCUCAAGCCCCUCUUCAACAACUACAGAAUUCUUGAAAUAGUUCAAACCAUUAACUACCAGGAAGUAGCAUCUGAAGAGAGGACAACUGGAAUAAUUGAGCUUCACUUGAAGGCUAUGGAGGGUUAUGAAACUCUUAAACUUAAUAUUGAAGGAGACGAGGAAAAAGAUUUGGUGGAGAAUGAGGAGAAUGAAAUUCCAAGUUGUAAUUUAAAGAGUUUUUGCAGUAGAAAUAUCCUGGUCAUCCUUGGUAUCUCCUGUGUCAUAGCCGUGAUAGCUUUGAUUGCUGUGGGGAUUUCCCAUAACAAAGCACUGACACAUAAUGUUAAGUAUGGGAUUGUGCUGGAUGCAGGCUCUUCUCACACAAGUUUGUACAUCUAUAGCUGGCGGGCUGAAAAGGAGAAUGACACAGGCAUUGUACAACAGAUAGAAGAAUGCAAAGUGGCCGGUCCUGGAAUCUCAAAAUAUUUUAAAAAAACACAUUAUAUAAGUAUAAAGCUGACAAAAUGCAUGGACAGGGCCAGGAAAGUGAUUCCAAUGUCCAAGCACCAAGAGACACCUGUUUACCUGGGAGCCGGGGAAGACAUGCGAUUACUCAGGAUGGAAAGUGAACAACUGGCAGAAAGGGUCAUGGUUGCAGUGAUAAGGAGCCUCAGCGACUACCCCUUUAACUUCCAGGGUGCCACGAUCAUCUCUGGUGAAGAGGAAGGUGCCUAUGGCUGGAUUACUAUCAACUAUCUGCUUGGCAAUUUCAUUCAGAAAUCAAAAUGGCUCAAAGAGGUCUCAGAAGGAAUCAAUCAUAAGAAAACAUUUGGUGCUUUGGACCUUGGGGGAGCCUCUACGCAAAUCGCUUUUGUGAAUGAAAAGUACACUCUGGCGUCCCCAGAAAACUUUCUGUCAUUUCGCCUAUAUGGCAAGCACUAUGAUGUAUACACACACAGCUUCUUGUGCUAUGGGAAGGAUCAAGCACUCUGGCAGAAACUGGCCAAGGACAUUCAGGUGUCAAGUGAUGAAACCCUCAGUGACCCAUGCUUUCACAGUGGGUAUGAGAAGGUAGUGAAUGUAAGUGACCUUUAUAAGACCCCGUGCACCAAGAGAUUUAAGAGGACUCUGCCAUUUGAUCAGUUCAAAAUCCAGGGUACUGGAAACUAUGAACAAUGCCAGCAAAGCAUUCUUGAGCUCUUCAACACCAGUUACUGCCCUUACUCCCAGUGUGCCUUUAAUGGCAUUUUCUUGCCACCGCUCCAAGGAAGUUUUGGGGCAUUUUCAGCUUUCUACUUUGUGAUGGACUUUUUUAACUUGACAUCAGAAAAAGUCUCUCAGGAAGAGGCGAUCAGGAGAAUAGGAAACUUCUGCUCUCAGCCUUGGAAAGUGGUAAAGACAUCCUUUCCUGAAGUAGACAAGAAACAACUGAGUGAAUACUGCUUUUCCAGUACCUACAUCUUCUCCCUCCUUCUGCAUGGUUAUCAUUUCACGAGCAAUUCCUGGGAAAACAUUUAUUUCAUGGGCAAGUCAACUGAAACAUCUUGGGAUAAUGAAGAUGGGACUUCAGGUGAAGAAUAUGGCAUCAAUCUGCUCUGUGCCCUGCAGCUAAAUCCGUUUGAAGACUGUGUUCACUAA